AGGUUGUAUCGUGUUGCGUGCUAUUGCUUUCUUUGUCGUUUCCGUAUUCAGGACCAAACCCUAGCUCUACAUCACAACCAUGUCUUCCAAGCAAGGUGGAAAAGCUAAGCCUUUGAAGAAACCCAAGUCCGAUAAGAAGAAUUACGAUGAGGUUGACAUGGCUAACAUUCCGAAGAAAAAAAAAGAGGAGAAGGCUCCUCUAAAGGAGUUGAAAGCCAAGGCAUCACAGAAGGGAAGCUUUGGAGGUUCUGGCCUCAAGAAAAGUGGAAAGAAAUAAGGG